CGGGGCUCGGGGCUCGCCGCCCCUCGCAUACAGACCGCGAUGCGCGGGGUGAAUCUCGCAAAUCGGCCCGGGGGGGGCGGCCGGGACCCGGCAAAGCCCCGGUCCCCCUGACCCGUCCCGUCCUACCGCGCUCCGCCCCGUCCGGUGGGCGCACGACCGGCUGCGGUGCGCCCCGCCCCGCCGCGCCCAUCGCGGGGACCGCGGAGCGCCGGGGCCGGGCCGAGCCGAGCCGGGCCAUGCCGUGCGGACCGCGGGAGCCGAGCCGGGCCAUGCCGCGCGAAUCCCGGGAGCCGAGCCGGGCCAUGCCGUGCGGACCGCGGGGGCCGAGCCGGGCCAUGCCGUGCGAAUCCCGGGAGCCGAGCCGGGCCAUGCCGCGCGAAUCCCGGGAGCCGAGCCGGGCCAUGCCGUGCGAAUCCCGGGAGCCGAGCCGGGCCAUGCCGCGCGAAUCCCGGGAGCCGAGCCGGGCCAUGCCGCGCGAAUCCCGGGAGCCGAGCCGGGCCAUGCCGUGCGAAUCCCGGGAGCCGAGCCGGGCCAUGCCGCGCGAAUCCCGGGAGCCGAGCCGGGCCAUGCCGUGCGGACCGCGGGGGCCGAGCCGGGCCAUGCCGUGCGGGGCUCUCCCAGCGGCGGCGCUGGGCCUGCGGGUCUUGGUGCUGAGCGCGGCGCUGGGAGCGGGGGCGGUCCCGGCUCAGCCGCCCCCCUUCCCUUUCUGGGACCCCUCGCUGCCCUGGCAGCGCCGCCUCGACGACCUGCUGGGCCGGCUGAGCCCCGCCGAGCUGGUGCUGCAGGUGGCGAGGGGGGGAGCGAUGGGGAACGGCCCCGCGCCCCCCAUCCCGCGGUUGGGCAUCGCGCCCUACAACUGGAACACGGAGUGUCUGCGGGGCGACGGCGAGGCACCUGGAUGGGCCACGGCUUUCCCGCAGGCGUUGGGGCUUGCCGCCGCCUUCAGCCCAGAACUCCUCUACCGUGUGGCCAACGCCACGGCCACCGAGGUGAGAGCCAAGCACAACAGCUUUGCCGCUGCUGGCCGCUACAGUGACCACACCGGGCUCAGCUGCUUCAGCCCUGUCCUGAACAUCAUGAGACACCCACUGUGGGGGAGGAACCAGGAGACCUAUGGGGAGGACCCGUUCCUGAGUGGGGAGCUGGCCCGCAGCUUUGUGCAGGGGCUGCAGGGCCAGCACCCCCGUUAUGUUAAGGCCAGCGCUGGCUGCAAACACUUCAGCGUGCACGGAGGCCCUGAGAACAUCCCCGUCUCCAGGCUAAGCUUCGAUGCCAAGGUGCUGGAGCGGGACUGGCGCAUGACCUUCCUGCCCCAGUUCCAGGCAUGUGUGCGUGCUGGCUCCUACAGCUUCAUGUGCAGCUACAACAGGAUCAACGGCGUCCCCGCCUGUGCCAACAAGAAGCUGCUGACGGACAUCCUGCGUGGCGAGUGGGGGUUUGAUGGGUACGUGGUGAGCGACGAGGGGGCUGUGGAGCUCAUCAUGCUAGGGCACCACUAUACACACAGUUUCCUGGAGACGGCAGUUGCCUCGGUGAACGCUGGCUGCAACCUGGAGCUCUCCUAUGGCAUGAGGAACAACGUCUUCAUGCACAUCCCUCAGGCUCUGGCCAUGGGCAACAUCACGCUGCAGAUGCUGCGUGACCGAGUCCGGCCCCUCUUCUACACACGGAUGCGCCUGGGGGAGUUUGACCCCCCAGCCAUGAACCCCUACAGCUCCCUGGACCUGAGUGUGGUGCAGAGCCCCGAGCACCGCAACCUCUCACUGGAAGCUGCUGUCAAGAGCUUUGUGCUGCUGAAGAAUGUGCGGGGGACAUUGCCCCUGCGGGCCCAGGACCUGUCUGGCCAGCACCUCGCGGUUGUGGGUCCCUUUGCUGACAAUCCCCAGGUACUGUUUGGGGACUAUGCACCGGUGCCAGAGCCUCAGUACAUCUACACUCCCCGGAGGGGCCUGGAGAAGCUGGGGGCCAAUGUCAGCUUCACAGCGGGCUGCAGCGAGCCACGAUGCCAGCGGUACUCGCGGGCAGAGCUGGUGAAGGUGGUGGGGGCAGCUGACGUGGUGCUGGUCUGCCUGGGGACAGGGGUGGAUGUGGAGACAGAGGCAAAAGACCGGAGUGACCUGUCCCUGCCGGGGCACCAGCUGGAGCUGCUGCAGGAUGCUGUGCAGGCGGCCGCUGGGCGCCCUGUCAUUCUGCUGCUGUUCAACGCGGGGCCCCUGGACGUGAGCUGGGCGCAGGCACACGAUGGCGUGGGGGCCAUCCUGGCCUGUUUCUUCCCUGCCCAGGCCACCGGCUUGGCCAUUGCCAGGGUCCUGCUGGGCGAGGCAGGGGCCAGCCCGGCUGGCCGGCUGCCGGCCACUUGGCCUGCAGGCAUGCACCAGGUGCCAGCGAUGGAGAACUACACCAUGGAGGGACGGACAUACCGGUACUAUGGGCAGGAGGCCCCGCUCUACCCUUUUGGCUAUGGGCUGUCCUACAGCACUUUCCGCUAUCGGGACCUGGUGCUGAGCCCCCCAGUGCUGCCCGUCUGCGCCAACCUCUCUGUGUCUGUGGUGCUGGAGAACACAGGGCUGCGGGACAGCGAGGAGGUGGUGCAGCUGUACCUGCGCUGGGAGCAGUCAUCCGUGCCGGUGCCCCGCUGGCAACUGGUGGCUUUCCGCCGUGUGGCCGUGCUGGCCGGCCGGGAGGCCAAGCUGUCCUUCCAGGUGCUGGCUGAGCAGCGCGCGGUCUGGGCACAGGACUGGCGCCUGGAGCCUGGCACCUUCACCCUCUUCGCUGGUGGGCAGCAGCCGGGCCAGAAGACGCGGGCGCCCUCGGAGGUGCUGAGCGCGCGGUUCAGCGUCACCGGCACGGCCCGGCCCUUGCGCCUCUGUUAGCGGCGGGGUUGGGCGCGGGGUGCUGGCAGAGGGAAGGGAUGCGAGGUACCCCAUGUGCCGCGGGCAGCGUGGUGGUUCUCUGCCCUGCAAUAAAGUGCUGGUGCUCCGUGG